AUGCGUUUCACUGCUGCUGCCGCUGCCCUUAUGGCUGGUUCCGCCAUCGCUGGCGAUGUGUCCACCGACUACACCACCCAGUUGGUCACCAUCACCGCCUGCCCUGAGAGCGUCACCGACUGCCCUGCUCGCUCUACCCAGGUCCAGACCUCCGUGGUUCCCUUGACCACGUCUACCGUCUACUCUACCAAGGUUCACACCAUCACCUCGUGCGCUCCCCAGGUCACCAACUGCCCGGCUCACAGCACCAUCGUCUCUACCGAGACCGUUGCUGUCUCCACCACGGUCUGCCCUGUCGGUCCUACCUCUGUGCCUGUGCCUGUUGUGCCUGUGCCUACUGUGCCUGGACACGGGAACAACAGCACCGGCGUCGUUGUUCCCCCUCCCGCCAGCUCGCACGUCGUGCCUCCUCCUGCCUCUUCUGGCCCUGCUACCCAGGGGCCUCCCCCCGCCGUCUCCACCAACUCCCCUGUGACCCAGGCUCCUGCUCCUCCCGCCUGCCCUGCUCCCUCGGUCACGGCCAUCACCAAGAGCUACACCACCGUCUUGACUUCGGUCGAGUACUCUACCAUUGAGGUCCCCUGCCCUCCCACUGGCACUGUUCCUCAGGGCACUGGCAUUCCCCCUGUUCCCACCGGCCCCGCCAACCCUCCCUCUGGUGGCAACCCUCCCGCCGGCGGAAACGGCACCACCCCCGGUGGCAACCCUCCCCCUGUCACUGCUGGCGCCGCUUCUUUCGCCGGCUCUGCCGUCUUCGCUGCCGUCGCCGGUAUUGCCGCUUUCGUCCUUGCUUAA